UGCAGUCAAAGCUUUACCACCGCUUUCCCUCAAUACAAACAAAGAACACCUACUUCGGUCUACUCCUAAACCCACGACUGCUUCUCCAUUUUUUUUAUAUAUAAUAAUCAAUCAUAUGAGCACCUGUAAUUUGUAUUCUAAAGAGAAAAGGGUAUAUGAAUUAUGAAAUUCAUUUGAAAAAUCAAAAGAAAGUUCAGUUCAUACAGAUUUAUUAUCUUAUUGAAGUUAUUUUGGCCUGUGUCCAAUGCAUCCUUUUUCUUUUCCUUUUUGUUGGUUGUGUUGAAAAUUUAGCUUCUGGUCCCUUCGUCUCAAUAUUUCAAAUUUGAAGGCCUUAUCGUUUACAGAGUCAAAAGCUUUAAUUUUCUAUCUUUCAUACGAUUCUCUGGCUUUUUCUCCAAGUUCUGCAAUUUCAUUGGUCUUGGAAAAGUGCAUCCCGUACAAGUACUCUCUCAGUUCUUGAUCUUGACUUGUAAUUGCCAUUAAGUUUCAGUUUCUUUCAAUCAGAGUCCAUUCAUCGAUCAAAGCCCAGUUAUCAUUUCUCAUCCAAGAUUGUUUUUGAAUGAUAGUACUACUUCCAAGUUGUGGGUUUUUCAUUUGGGUACAUAUAGCUUAUGAUUUAGCCUUCCAUUAGAAAUAGAGAGCUUACUUUGUUUUUAGAUAUAACAAGUUAUGGAUAUUUCACAUGGUAGUAGUUCGAGUGCACCAGCACCUUUUCUGAUCAAAACAUAUGAGAUGGUAGAUGAUCCGUUGACCAACUCAAUUGUAUCUUGGAGUCAUAGUGGCUGCAGUUUUGUUGUAUGGAACCCGCCUGAGUUUGCUCAAGAUUUGCUUCCAAAGUACUUCAAACACAAUAAUUUUUCAAGCUUUGUUAGGCAGCUUAAUACCUAUGGCUUCAGAAAGAUUGAUCCUGAUCAAUGGGAAUUUGCUAAUGAAGAGUUUAUAAGAGGGCAAAGACAUCUUCUAAGUAACAUUCGAAGACGCAAGCCGAUUCAUAGCCAUUCUUUGCAGAAUCAAAACAAUGUCACUUCACUGACUGUUACAGAGAAAAGGGAAUUUGAGGAGAAAAUCAAGAAACUAAAGCACGAUAAGAGCUUGCUUCAGCUAGAGUUAAAGAGAAAUGAAACAGAAAAGCAGGCCUACGAGUGUCAAAUUAUGUCAUUGUGUGAGAGGUUGCAGAGUAUGGAGAAAAGACAGAUUCAAGUAAUCUCUUUUUUGACUCAACUAGCUAAGAAACCAGAUUUUGCCUCUAUUAUUGUGCAGCAAUCAGAAUACAAUAACAAGAAGAGGAGAUUAUUAGAAUUUGAUCACUUCAAUGACGAAUACAACAUUGAAGAGAAUCAGAAUUUGAGUUUCCCAAAAGAAGACACAAACGGGUCCCCUGCAUCAACCUUGAACUUUGAGUUAGUUGAGCAAUUGGAUUCAUCUAUAAAAUGUUUUGAAAAUUUUCUUUAUGGAGUCAGGGAAACUUUAGGUGAAGAUAUGGGCAAUUUUGGCUCAGCUUCGCAGCCUAGUUCAGUCAUUGUUAGAGAGUUAAGUGCAUCUUCCUUAGAUUGUGAAACUUGCUCACUCAAUUCUAUGGACAUAGCUUCAUCUCCUGAGCUACCAGCAUGUAUUACUAAUCUUGAUGACUCGAACGUUCAACCUUGUUUUGCUACCUAUGAAGAGGAUUGCAAGGCUGCUAGUGCUGCUGUGAUCGAAGAGGAGGCCGUGAAAGAACCAGCAGUAGAGAUAGCAAAUACUAGUGCACAGCCAGGAGCAAAUGAUCAUUUUUGGGAGUAUUUCUUGACUGAGGCUCCUGGCUCUUCUAACACACAAGAACUUGAACAUCAGCCUGAGCCAGGGAGUAGUGAUGAUAGAACAAGUAAUGAAAGACCUUGGUGGAAUGCAAACAGCAUAAAUGACCUCACUAAACAUAUGGAGCACCUUGCUUCAGCUGAAAGAACAUGAUGUUUGCUCAAUCUGGCAAGUCUUGCCAGCUAUGUUGCACGGAAACAGAAAUGAGGAAACAUGGAAAAGCGGAAAUGAUACCGGUAAAUGAUAUUUAAAAUAUAAUUUUAAAUGGAAAAAUGGUAUUUUAUAUAAUGAAUGGUACGCAGAAACGCUCAUGUCUAGAAGUUUCCGUGUAUCAUAGCUUGCUAGCUUACUUUGUAUUAAGUUUAAAACAGAGAAUUGUUUUAGGACUGUAUUUGGAUGUCAUAUAUGUUAUAGUAAUAUAGAUAUUGGUAAUUUUUUUCUUUAUCUAAUUUUUAUGCUGUAGUAUAUAUACGAAAAUGGAGUUACAAUAUAUUAAGAGUGUUCAGAUUUUUUA